AUGUCGCUCACCGCGGCAGCACUUUUACACAGCAGUUGCGAUGACGCGAGCCUCAGGUCGAGGAGCCUCUCGCCAGCAUCUGUUGCCACGGCCACCACGAGCAGCGUUCGAGAUGGAGGAAGCAUGCCGCCGUCGUCAAGUCACAUUCAGCAGCAACAACAACAACAGCAGCAGCACCAGAUAUGGCACUCAAUUCAACCAACCUGCUCCAAAAGCAAUGGCGAGACGGCGGGCUUUGGGUCCUCGGCAGGCGUCGAUACGGAUCAUGAGGCGGAGGCAAAGAAGCCGCGGGCCUGCGACAGGUGUAGAGGCCUCAAGGUUCGCUGCAUUAUGGAAGGCGACGGUGACGAGGCUGGCGGGGGCAAUUGCCUGCGAUGCACCAAGGCCGGUCGGAGGUGUGUAGUGACGCAGCCGACCAAGAAGCGACAGAAGAAGACCGACAGUCGCGUGGCAGAGUUGGAAAAGAGAAUUGACGCGCUCACGGCCUCGCUGCAUGACAGCAGGCGCGGGAGCGGCGCCGGAGAAGGGGACGGUGGUGGAGUGGAGGAUGCUAGCUCGCCAGAGAAGGGGGACGACCACGAUGAGCCUCCGGCCGUGACAGCUAGUGCCACAAGUACCGAAGCGGUGGCAACACCAGCAACUUUGGGCUGGCAGCGCCGUCCAAUAUUGACGGGCGGGAUACCCAACCUCAACACCGAUAGCUCCUCUCACAUGAAUGCCUGUGGCAUUGUGUUUGAGCUUGCAGCUGGGCCAGGGGGUGGCCACUCUGGUGCUGGCGGCCAGAAGCGAAAGUUUGGUGACGAAGAUGGAAUUGGAUCACUGCCGCCUCAGCCGCCGCGGCAAACUAUGGGCCCGGGAUACGAAGACGUCGUCACGAGAUCCAUCGUUACAGAGGAUAUGGCAGCACAGCUAUUUGCACGCUACACAGACCACAUGUGCCCACAUCUUCCAGGCGUCAUCUUUCCCCCGGACAUGACGUGGAACCGGAUCAGGGUCGACAAACCCCUCCUCUUUCUGGCGGUCAUGGCAGCAAGCUCUUCAGAGACGCCAUCACUGCAGCGGGUACUAGUGAGGGAGAUGAUGCAGAUAUUCGCCGAGAAGAUAGUCAUCAUCGGCGAGAAGAGCAUCGAACUGGUGCAGGCGCUUCACAUUGCUGUCUUUUGGUACUGGCCACCCGAGCACUUUGAGGAGCUCAAGUUUUACCAGCUGGUCCACAUGGCCGCCGUCUUGGCCAUCGAUUUGGGCCUUGGGAGGAGGAGGCCGACUGUACGGGGAAGACAUAUCCCUUGGUCACUGCGAGAAGGCAGUGGUGUGGGACCACCAGGUCCAGGAAUAGUAGGUGGUGGUGGUGGUGGUGGUGGUAGCAGCAAUGACGACGCUCCUGGAACAAAAAGGAACAGCGCCAAGAGACAUCCGCCUCCAGACCCUUGCAGUCUAGAAUCUCGCCGAACGUGGCUCACCUGCUACUACCUGGCAUCCAACACGUCGAUGACAUUACAUAGGCCCAACCUGGUGCGCUGGACGCCCUUCAUGGCAGAGUGUCUCGAGGUGCUUCAAACGUCACCUGAUGCAGCACCGACAGACGCCUACUUCUGCCAUCUCGUCUGGACCCACAAACUGUCAGAAGAGAUUGGGGUUGAAUUCGCCAUGGAUGACCCAGGCGCUGUCGUUGACAUUACAGACAGACGCACACAACACGCCAUUAAGAGCUUCGAGCGGCAACACGAGAAGUAUCGGGAUGCUGUUCCAAAGGAUCUAAUGAGACCUUCUCUCAAGCUGGGAUUUCACGUCGUGAGCCUCUACAUGCACGAGAUUGCGCUCCGUAUCGAGGAGGACGCAGGAGGGGGAUGCGUUGGCGAAGAUGCCGCGCUGACUCCGGCGCAUGUCAGUUCGCUGUCGGCGUGUCUAGCAGCUGUCGACGGAAUCUUUGAUACCUUCUCGUCCAUGACGCCAGAAGAUGUGCGCUGCCUACCCGUCUUUAACUUUGUUCGCGUUGCGUACGCCACCGUGCUGCUCAUCAAGAUGUACUUUGCCGCCUCAGCUCCCGGUUCCGAGCUCGGCAAGGUCAUUGAUAAGGAGGAGAUACGUGUCGAAGAGCACCUCGGGCGGCUCCUAGACAAGUUUCGCAUGGCGGCGGCCGGGAACAGAUCAAGGCCGGCCGCCAAGUUCCAUAUUGUUAUUGCCAUGUUGAGAUCAUGGUUCCAGAAACAGGCAGGCGAUAGUGACGCGGGCGAUGCGCAGGAAGCUCCCACGUCCACACAAAGGCCGCAAGAGCAGGGAAGAGGGGCCGAGGGCGGCAACAGCAAGCGCCCGUCGCAUGCAAUCUACAGCGCCGACAUGCCUUUCCAAACACCCUCGGAAAUAACCAAAGUUGAUGAGGUCGAAACCAACGCAGGUGCUGCGGCCGGUCAGCCAGGAGUAACCAUGGCAGGACGAGAACCCACGCCAGCAGGAGUCCCCUGGUACGUCUCGCAAGACACAACCCCGCAAUCAAUCAUGUACGAAGCCUCGGGUUCCGACGAUCCAGUCCCGCCGUUGACCCACACAUCUCCGUCCGAGUCAUCUCCGGUGCCCGUUCACAUACGGCAACGACAAUACCAACAAAUCCCACCCGCGUCCUUCCCACAGCACCAGUGGAUGGACAUGGAGUUUGAGCCAGCAACCUUUGGCGACGGCGUGGUCCAGGCCAUGGACCCCGGCUACAGUGGUGGCGGCAGCGGCAGUCGGGGCGGCUUCGUCCUGCCCGGCAUGAUGGCUGCUGCCGCCUCACAAAACGGCGGCGGUGGUAUGAUGUUUUCAAUGCCGCCAGUGUCCGGGACAGGGGGCGUUACGGGGGAAUCGCCCUUUGCUGCCUCCGAGUCCUGGUACGGCGGCAUAUUGGACUCGGCCGGCAUGGGGAACAUGUAUUACUUGUAGAUACCCUCCCAAGAAGGGAUAAGCAUUGUAUAGUCUCAUGCAAGCCAAGAACGUUUAGAAUUAAUUUUGAAUGAUCCAUGCA